UCACCAGCAAACAUGGACCUUGAUGAAAGUAUUAUCGUGGAACAUGUUAUAGCUACACACGCUUGCAGUGGUGGUAUCAAUUUUAAUUCAAAAUUUGUUCUUGAUUAUGUGGAGAAGGCUCUCAACAACACGGAUCUUGGAGAAACCCAGCAAGACAGCCUAAACACACAAUUAGAGCUUAUUCAUGAGGACUUUUCAUAUCAAAUUAGACAACUUUCUUCUGAGAUAUCAUUUAAGAGUUUGAAUGAAAUUGAUGAUCAUCGGAGCACAAUCUGUCUAUUAGAAAAGUUAUCAGCCUACACCUGGGAGGCUAAGGUUGUCAUGAUGUUGGCAGCUUUCGCUGGGAUAUAUGGAAACAAACUCAAUAUUCUUUCCCAACAAUCCUAUCGGAACAGAUUGGCCAUUUUCAAACAAACAUUGUGUCCUACACCAUCUUACAAUAAUAUUGAGAAGUUGGUUAAUGAUGAUUCCAUCAAACUCAUGCUGAACCUUGCCAAGUGUGUGGCUGAUCUUUAUCAACUCUCGUCUUCCUCUCCACCACAAUCACUCAUUCUGGCAAAUUAUUGGAUUACAAGAAAUGUUCUUCAUUAUGCCCAUCAAAUUCUUAGCUUUGAGCCCAAAAAUGAGGUAACAGAAGAAUCCACUUUAAUUGACAAAACUAAAAGCAUACUCUCUGUUUGCUACCAAUUACUAGAUGCAAAAAGGAUAGAUAAAUCUUAUGAGGCGUUAUUACAUGUUUUUAGUCAUUCUUCUAACAAUUUGAAAGUUCUCAAGUUAAUUUUCAAUGUUACAGAUGAUGAAGCUAUAUUUUAUGGAUGUAAGAUAAUUGGCCACCGAAUAAGUCGUUUUGAGAACCGAGGACUGCUACUGAUGAUAACUUCAAGCACAAAUGUCUCUGAGAUUAUUUUUCUUGCCAAUGAGUUGCGGUUGAACAGAUACGUGCGAACCAUUUGGAUUCCUAUAGUAGAUUAUCCUGAUAUGUGGAGUAAUGAAAACUCAGAUUGGAAUCUCAAGUUAUUUGAUUGCUGCUAUCGUGCUGAUCCACUGGAAAAGAUUGCACCACAAUUUAUUAGAUUUGUCUUGAAGACAUGCUUUCCAGCCUUCCAAAUUGGGGGAGAUCCUAUCAUUAUUUCAUUGGAUAAUCGCGGAAGAUUAGUUCAUUUUAAUGCGUUUCACAUGAUGAUGACAUGGGGAAACAAUGAGCUUGAUGCCCCUAAAGUUAUUGGUGGAGCUAAUUUAUCCGCAUUAUUAUUACAGAACAUGAAGCAGAUGAUAUUAUAUGCUGGUGCCAAUUAUGUGAUUGAUGAUAUUGACAACAGGAUAAAUAUUUUUGUUAAUGACUUUUCUAGAAGGAUCAUCAAUUGGACGGAUGAUAUUAAUUCAGAAAUGAAUAGAUCGGUUCGUUCCUAUAAUUACACAAGCAGCAAGGAGAAAGCACUUUGGAAUGCAGAAACUUGGAGUGUUAAUCUUGUCGCACAUCCUUUCCCGUUCAGCGCGAUAAUAAGAGAAUGGAGUGAUAAGGGAGAAUGCAUUUUCUUAUAUGGAGGGAAUAACAUUAAAUGCGUUGAAGAAUUUGCAAUGAAGAUAAAGGAAAUUAGUUCCAAGAUUCAAUUGGAGAUGAAGUUGGCAUAUGUUGGAAAAAGCAUGAAAGUCAAGUCUGUGGUUGAGAAUAUAAGUGAUUAUGUCCAUGACACUAGUAAUUCUCGGAGAUUUUGGUUACGACUUGGAAGUGUGUUGGUGUCAAGAAUCAAUUAUUUGAAUGAAAUUGGCAUUGAUGAAAGGGGUGACAACAUUACUACAGGACUCAAAAAAAUUGCUAGCUUAUGAAGCUAGGGGCACAACAGUUGGAGGAUGGGCACUGCUAAGUAAACCUAGGGGCAAAUGGGCAUUCCUAAGUGAAGAAAAAGAAGUGAUUGUGUGUGACCUAACAGAUAAAAUAUUGGCAGUGCUGAACAAAUAUGAAACAUGGAAAGACAAUGUGCCCGAAAAAGGUUUCAGCCAAGCAUUGUUACAACAAGAUUACUUCUUUUUCCCCUUCUUCUAAGCAUCACCACCCUUGUUGUGCUCUUGAAUAUCCACUCACUUUAAACCACAUCCCUGAAACCAUAGAAUGUCCUGAAUGCUUUCAGGAUAUGCAUAAAUUUAUCACUUUUACAUGUUGUCAUCAUCUUAACUAUUAUGACAACAACUUUUAUUAGCAUACAGUUUUAAUCUUUUCCUAUGACUAUUCCAAACUUGAUAUUUGGGCAAAUUGUUAUUUAUCAGUUUCUACAAUAUCACUUGUGUAAUGUGCAAAUUGUUAUUCCAAACUUGAUAUUAGCUUGUGCAAAUUGUUAUGCCUGUACGUACAUUCGGUAGACAUUUUAUACAAAAUCAUAACAUAGAAGAGAUGCCAUGCCAUGCCAAGGAGCUUGACAAGUUACGUUAGCUCAACUGGCAAGUUUGAAAGCAUCGAUGAAGAGACCAUAAGUA